GAGAGAGUCUCGGUGCCCCCGACACGGAGUAUGCUCGUCGUAUGGGUGUUAUUGACUCUCGGGCAGUGAGGGUGUUCGGUCGCGAGCGCGGACAAGAAGAAGACAGCGCUCCGGGCGGUGCGGCCGACGCGCCCGCAGCAUGGAGGCGGACACUACGGGCAGCGUACAGGGGGGGCGAGGCCAGCAGGGCUACCCCGGCGGCAAAGACGAGCUCACUUCCAAAGGGAAGGCGACGGCAGAGCUGGAGGCCGCCGCCGACACCAGCCAAAAGGAGCUGCGGUACCCCCGGGCGGUGUUCCUGGUCAUCCUGAACGAGUUCUGCGAGCGGUUCUCAUUCUAUGGCCUCCGAGCGGUGCUCGUCCUCUUCCUCAAGGACAAGUUGGGCCUGACCGAGGACAACUCCACGGUCGUGUUCCACUCCUUCAACAUGGUUUGCUAUCUCUUCCCGGUCUUCGGUGGCAUCGUGUCGGACUCGUAUCUCGGAAAGUUUAGGACCAUUCUAAUCUUGUCCCUCGUGUACUCGGUAGGCAAUGUGAUGCUGUCCCUGGCGUCGUGGCGAACACUCGGCUUGCCUGGUUUGGCGACGACGUGCGUGGGGCUGUUCCUGAUCGGCGUGGGCACGGGCGGGAUCAAGCCGUGCGUGUCCUCGUUCGGCGGCGACCAGUUCGUGCUGCCGCAGCAGCAGCGCCAGCUGGAGCAGUUCUUCAGCAUCUUCUACUUCAUCAUCAACGCGGGCGGCUCGCUCGCCAUCCUGGUCACGCCCAUGAUGCGCGUCCGGCCGUGCCUGGGCGAGGACACCUGCUACCCGCUGUGCUUCGGCACGCCCGCGCUGCUCAUGGUCUUCUUCUGCAGCGUGUUCGUGGCGGGCCGGCCGCUGUACGCCAUGAAGGACCCCGAGGGCAACGUGCUGCUGCGGGUGGCGCGGUGCGUGGGCGGCGCGGGCUGGCGGCGCCUGCGCCACGGCCCCCGCCCGGACGGCGGGCACUGGCUGGACGCCGCGGUGCCGCGCUGGGGGGACGCCCUAGUGGCCGACGUCAAGGUGCUGCUCAGCCUCCUCGUCAUGGCCGUGCCGCUGCCCGUCUUCUGGGCGCUCUUCGACAUGCAAGGCUCGCGCUGGACGUUCCAGGCGCGGCAGCUGGACGGCCAGGUGGGCAGCUGGCUGGUGCAGCCGGACCAGAUCGGGCUGUCGGGCGGGGUGAUGGUGCUCAUCAUGCUGCCCAUGUUCGAGGCGUGGCUCCAUCCGUGGCUGGCGCGCUUCGGCGUGCUCGUCACCCCACUGCAGAGGAUGAGCGUCGGCGGCCUCAUGGCGGCGGCAGCCUACGUGUGCGCCGCCGUCCUGGAGAUGCAGGUCCAGCAGCAGGGCGCGGGCCAGAUACACAUAUUCUGGCAACUACCGCAGUACUUCUUCAUCGCCCUAGCCGACAUCUGGUUCGCGAUCGCAGUGCUGGAGUUUGGCUACAAAGAGGCUCCCGUCAGCAUGAAGUCCUCCAUCACGGCCCUCUUCCUGCUGACGACCGCCGUCGGGGACAUCAUCGUCAUCGUCAUCACGUCGUCGGAGGUUUUCUCAGACCGGGUCGUCGAGUUCUUCACCUACGCCAGCCUGAUGGCGGUCGUCAUGUGUGUGUUCAUGUUCCUGGCCUGGCGGUACAAGUACGUGGGCCAGCCCAACAGGCCGGUGAAGGGCGCCGACGACGAUGGGGUUAGGAAGGACGCCGCGGUAACAAAAACAGACACUCGUGAUCCACAGAAGAACAGAUGAAAAAGAAACAGCAGCGUAAUGUAAGGAGUCAGAGUCUCUGUGCGGCCACGGCCUGGUGGCCCUGGUGGCCCUGCUGGCCCUGGUGGCCGCGCCGUGGUCGCCGUGGUGGCCGCGCCCCCGUCGCCCUGGUGGACGCGCCGCCAGCCGCUACGGACACGGGGCAGGCUGACACGUCUGCGUGCUCGGGUAGCAGAUCUCGCAGCGCACAGAGUACGUCCCGGGCAGGCACUCGUACGCCGCGAACAGCCCGCUGCUAUCUAGAACACACAGCAAAUUUGCGGCGCGUAUUUUUUGUUUUAUUUUAGUUUUUGCGCGCUGUUUAUGAGUUUGUAUGUGAUUUGGCGUGAGGGCAGACUCACGGUAUGGGUCGUUGUCUUUAAAGCUGAACAGCCUGUUGGCGAUCACAUCCUUGUCACAGGCGCACUCCCUCAUGGUGGACGUGAUGGAGUGCACGUAGCCAAACUCGUCGCAGAAGUCAAUAAUGAUGUUUGGCCUGCAAAGCAGAAUUGUAAAUGUGUGUACGUAUACGCAUAACGAUAACGUAAUACUAUCCAUCUAACGAUUAAACCAUUAUUUAUAACCCGCC